AUGCUUGCCUCCCGUACCCUCACCGGCAGCGCGCGGGUCGCCUCACGGGCCCCUCAGGCCUUCCGUCGCUAUGCUUCUGCCGCUCCUACCGCCGCCUUCGCUGGUCAGAAAGGCGCGAACGGAAACUAUACGGUUACCUUAAUCCCCGGUGACGGUAUCGGUCCGGAAAUUAGCGAGUCUGUCAAGGCUAUCUACUCUGCAGCCAAGGUGCCUAUCGAAUGGGAGGAGGUCGACGUGACACCGAUCCUCAAGGGUGGCAAGACCGUGAUUCCUGACGCUGCCAUCAACUCGGUCAAGAAGAACACCGUCGCGCUAAAGGGCCCCCUUGCUACUCCCAUUGGCAAGGGUCACGUUUCCUUGAACCUGACGCUUCGCAGGACUUUCAACCUCUUCGCCAACGUUCGUCCCUGCGCUUCCAUCAAGGGCUAUAAAACUGCUUAUGACGACGUCAACACUGUCCUUAUUCGGGAGAACACGGAGGGAGAGUACUCGGGUAUUGAGCACGAGGUUGUCGACGGUGUUGUGCAGUCCAUCAAGCUCAUCACUUGGGAUGCCUCUGAGCGUGUAGCUCGUUACGCGUUCCACUACGCUCAGACCAGCGGUCGCAAGCGGGUCACUGCCGUUCACAAGGCGAACAUCAUGAAGAUGUCGGAUGGUAUGUUCCUGUCUGCCUGCCGUCAGGUGGCCAAGGACUACCCCGAAAUCACCUACGAUGAGGACCUCCUUGACCGCGCUUGCCUUCAGAUCGUGCAAAACCCGAGGCCCUUCUCGGACCGCGUGAUGGUCAUGCCCAAUCUCUACGGUGAUAUCCUUUCGGACAUGUGUGCCGGUCUUAUCGGUGGCCUUGGACUUACGCCCUCCGGCAACAUCGGUCGGGACGCCUCCAUCUUUGAGGCUGUUCACGGCUCGGCGCCUGACAUUGCAGGCAAGGGAUUGGCUAACCCUACGGCGCUUCUUCUCUCGUCUCUCAUGAUGCUCAGGCACAUGAACCUAAACCAGUACGCCGACCGCAUUGAGCGCGCUGCUCUCACCACCAUUGCCGAGGGCAAGACCAUCACCGGUGACCUGGGCGGGAAGGCGUCGACGAAGGAGUACACGUCCGCGAUCAUCGAGAAGCUAUAG